CGCCAACGAUCGCUGUCCCUGGUGAGCAAAACGUCCAUAUCUGUGUAAGAUCAGGUUAAUCGGUGUUUGCUGAUGUCGCAUAGGUUCUCCCAGAGUCUGGUUCAACGGGCCCCAGCGCGUUCCGGCUGACUCUGGAAUACGCUUUAUAGACCAAAAUGCAUUUUACAUGCGAAAAAUGUCCCCCCUCAUUCCUCUGUUUGCGGCCAUCGAUGAUAUGGAUCCUAGUUUUGACUACAAGCAGUUCGACUUCAUCACGGACCGCAACAACCUUCGCAAGCUUCUCCGCUGGGCCAGUGGCUCGCCGGAUGAGAAAGACUUCCGCAUCGAUGUCGAUGUGGCGGGCUGGACGUGCUUGUUUACACGCCUUGAGGCACAGAACACAGAUACCGUGCAAGGCUUUAUGGGGUAUGGACACGAGUAUGAGAAAGCGGCAACGAGGGUCACUCGCGGCUGCGAGAGAGCUACUGGGCAUCAUCGGAUGAUUUCUAUCGACAUUGAUGGACUGAAAAUUCUCCUUCGUUUCACGAUCGAGGCAUGCACAUCUUCCACCAAUUACACGAACGACGAGGACGACCUCCUAGCAGCGUUCUCAGGCCUGGGUAUCGGUGGAGCAUCUGCCUCCACCGGCCGGGACACUAAGAAACCUCAAGUUACUGUGCCAGCCGUCCGUGGCGUCUCCAUCAACCAAACUACACCGCGCAAAGUCGUCCCGCAAUCUUCUCUCAUCGAGCUUAAGACGCGCGCCGCCCGCCGAGAGCUCGACUGGGAAGAAGUAUAUCCACAAGUCUAUCUUUCUCAGACAGCAUUCUUGUAUCUUGCGAAGCACGACCGCGGCAACUUCAACACCCUGGAAAAAAUAGAGCUUGGCGCGAAGAGCAUGCAGACCCAUGCCCGCCGUGCUGAGCAGGGUAUCGCGAAGCUGAAACUCGUGCUUCAAGAUAUCUUGGAUGCUGUGAAAAAGGAAGAUGUGGGGGUAGGCUUGAGUUUGGUGUCAAAGGAUGGCAAGUUGGCAUUGUACAAGCGCCAGGAGGGGACUGGAAAAGGGCCGGGAAAAGACAUCACGGAUAAAUUCAAGUGAUGUGGGACUAUCUUGGUAAGUAAGAGAUGUCAAAGCAAGUCUUCGACAAUUCGCGGUGUAGGAUAUGAUUAGAGCGAUACCAUGGUAUUGUGAUCAAAUUCAUGUAAAAGAGUGCACGCAUGAUUAAUGCAAGAUCGACCAUUUGUGGGACCUAUGGUCACUCGAAAAGCCG